AUGGGUUGUGCAAAUAGAGGGUUAUAUCAGUUGCUUUGGGUUCCAUUUCCCUUAUUUGUAGUAGCUGGUGUAUCUUUGUCGUUGUUUGGCUUAAUUAUUUGCUUCCUGAUAUCAACAUACAAUAGUUUCGAUGAGGUUACAGAGUCUGUGUGUGGGGUAUCCAAUUUUGUUCCAUCUAUCAGUGCUGUUACUGGGAUUAAACCCCAAAUAUACCUAUGGCGCUUCACAGUUGGGCUUCAUAGUGCACCACGUCUACUCCUUGCGUUUAUAUAUCUUCGAUACCAUAUGUCUUAUCAGAAAAUGUUCACCCAGUCAUUGAUUUAUAAAAUGCUGACUGUGGCUGCAUUCUGCCUCAACCUUUUGGAUGUGGGCUCAUUUGUGGGGGUGGCUUUUAUAUCUAACCAAGAGAAUUAUCCUCUCCAUGAACAUUUGUUCAUUGUUUUCCUAUUCGCUUCAACUGCCUACAUGGUAGUCACUCUAGCGGUUCAUCGGAUUAUAGGAAUCACUUCUUGCACUCCGAGAUUUGGAUAUUCUUUUAACCUGAAGCUCCUGUUUUUUGGACUAGAUGUUUGCUUAAUCCUCUUGUUAGUCCACCAGUUCUACAACCAUAGGUUCACCUGUAAGGCAAAUGCAUUCAGUUGGUUUUCAGCUAGUGAAUAUGGUAUUGCGAUUGCUAAUAUGGGAUUUCACCUAACAGCCGCAUAUGACUUUCAGGAUGUGGCUUUAACAACCGUAACUUUUAAACCUUCUACUGAAUAG